UGUUUACUAGUAUUAUCUUGUAUAUUUUAAAAAUUAUACAAAUACUAGGUAAGUCACUUAAAGUAGCAGAUUAAAUAUGAAUAGAGUCGAGCGAGAAAACCAAACAUACUGUUACUGAAUGUUGUGAAGUUCACUACCCUUUACCAAUGGAUUUAAAAACGAGUACUAAACCACGUGGAAAAAUUUUAAGUAAUGAAUCGUACAAUUUUCUUCGUAUGGACCAUCGUGGACUUGGCCACAUAUUGUUUGAGAAGCUUGCGGAGCACGGAAAAGAUGUAAUGCAAAUAGAUACCAUAACAGGAGAGAAAGACACAUUUGAGAGUUUUCGCCUAAGGUGUAUUAGAACAGCAUUACAUAUGAAGUCUAAUGGUCUUGGUCCCCAAGACAUAAUUACAAUUUGCACUUGCAACACCUUGAAUGCUCCAGUUCCUCUUAUAGCAUCUAUUUUAAUCGGAGUUAUUCCUAAUACUCUGGAUCCGUCAUUCUCUGCAGAUGAGUUUAAACACUACCUUCAAAUAAUAAAACCGAAGGUCAUGUUUGUAGCUUCAGAAAUUGAACCUUUAAUUAAGGAAGCAAUCAAAGCCAAUAAUUUAAACACGGAAAUAAUAAUUUUCGGUUCUUCUUUUAACGAUUUUUUAAAGCCAUCUGAAGAAGAAGAAACUUUCGUACCAUUUCUUCCCUUAAGUAUUAGAGAUACAGUUCUUAUUUUAUUCAGUAGUGGUACUACAGGAACACCCAAAGCAGUUUGCUUAAGCCAUAUUAGUUUUUGUCUUUUCGUUUCACCGACUGGUAUCAAGAGUAACCGCAAUCAUUUUCUUCCCUUUUCAUCGUUGCAUUGGAUAUCUCAUGUUGGCGCAACAUUUUCUAAUAUUGUGCACGGCUCUGUAAAGUUAGUCUGUCCAACAUUUGAUAAUCCACGAACAUUUUGUGAUAUCGCCAGAGACUAUAAUCUGCGUACAACUUCUUUGACUCCCUAUCGUUUGAUGGAGAUAUCAAAAUAUUGCAUAAACAAUGGAGUUACUCUUUCUUUGGAUAACAUAAUUGUCGGUGGAGCACCUUUGACUAAAGAACAUAUUCGAUUAACUACUAAAGCUUUCCCAACUGCAAAAAUAACCAACGUUUAUGGACAAACUGAACUUGUAAACAUUUCAUUUUUCCCCAGAAAUGAGAAGCUAGCCAAAAAACACGAAGAGAAGGUUUUCAAAGGAUCAUGUGGAAAGAUUGGUCCUGGAAUAACAAUGCGAAUUGUAGAUUUGGAUACUGAAGACAUUCUAGGUCCUAAUGAAGAAGGCGAAAUCCGUAUCCGGUCCCAUACAUUAAUGAACGGUUACUAUGGAGUGGAUUCGUCAGAUGUAUACGAUUCUCAGGGUUGGUUCAAAACAGGAGAUAUUGGCUAUUAUGAUGAAGACGAAUUUCUUUACAUUGUUGGUAGAUGUAAAGAAAUUCUCAGAUACAAAUCGUUUCCAAUAAAUCCUUCCAUUUUGGAAGACAUUUUGUUACAUCAUCCGGCUAUCAAAGAAUGCAUUGUAAUUGGAGUUCCUCAUGAGAUAGACGGUGACCAUCCCGUAGCAUUUGUGACCCUUAAAGAGGGUUACAAUAUUGAUCCUAAUGAAUUACAGAAUUUUGUUGAUGGACGAGUCGAUGACCGCAACAAAUUAAGGGGAGGUGUUAUACUAAUUGACAAAAUACCAUUAACGCCAACAGGAAAACCUCAGCGUCGUGUGUUAAAAGAAAUGUUACAAACUCUUAAAGCUUAAUAAACAAAAGUUACUUGAUA